AUGGCGUUUCUCGACCUCGGUGGAAUCAUCCGCAAAAAUGUCAUCAAGAAAAUCGACCCAGAAAAGAGCAAACUGAGACAAGAAAAAUACAACAAGCUUCAUGAGGGGUCCGAUAUGGACAUGGCAUUAAGGUUCAAAAAGCACAUGAAAACAUGGGGAUAG